CUGUAUGUUUAUAUUUUGAUACCGGCAAGAUUUGGUGUGUUUUUAGCAGUAAUGUUAUCAAGAAAUACACAGCGAUUAAUCCGUGCAUUUUGCUCGAAUAGCAAUGCAUCAAAACUGGCUGAAACAAUCGCUACGACCAUCGGAGGUGUUGAUAAGACAAGCGUAAGUGAAUUGCUCACCACCGUGCCGCAGCUAGCAAAGUACACACCGGACCAAUGGCAACAAACUCACAAACUACUCGCCUCCGAGGGUCUAGAAACGGAAAAGAUUAUCUCCAUCAUCGGCGGUCAUCCGAGCAUACUGACCCGACCGACAGAAAAGAUCGCCGAGAGUCUGCACUGUUGGCGGUCGUGUCAAUUUGGCGAUUCAAACAUGAAGGUGCUGAUGGCGGCCCACCCGUACCUACUUGACUACACAAACCAUGGCCAGCUGUCGCAGCGAGUCGCGUUCCUGCAUUCACAUUUUGAAACGCGCAAAAACGUGUACCGACUGUUUAUGAACGCGCCAAAUCUGCUCGUGGAGGAGCAGCGCGAAACGGAGGAAAAAAUUGACUUCCUGAUGGAAAAGAUGGGCCACGAGGUGCUAGAGGUUGUGAAAUCCUGCGCUUUCUCGCAUGACCUUGAACAUCUGCGCUGCCGGCAUACGUUCCUCGAGCGGCUAGGGCUGUUUAAGCCCCGGUCGCUGAAGGCGGACCCAAACACUCCGACGGGAAAUCCGAAGCUACACCAAAUCACGGACACCAGCGAUAAACGUUUUGCGGUAAAGGUUGCCUACGUCACGCUGGAGGAGUAUGAAGUGUUUCAAGAGCUGUUCCGUCGUGAGAUGGCCGCGGACGAUUAUGAGGACUGGCAGGAUGAGUUCGAUGGGGAGGACGAAUCGGAGAACGAGUCGAAUAGAGACACGUAUCGCAAGAAAGGUAGAUGAAUGCAACAUUAGCAAAAACGUUACAAAUAGUAAGGUAUAAGUAGCAAAAAAAGAAAUUAUCAUGAGCAGCUUUUUGCUUAUGUAAACACAGAUAAAAUAAAAUUUAAGAAAAUAGCAACUUUUCGUUGAUAAAGGAAUAUGAUUGGUUUCUGUUGCCUGGUGGCAAAGUAUGACUCAUUUAUUAGACUUUUCUUUUAAGCGAAUGAUUCACUGGCAUGCAUCAUACAAUCAACGCUUGUAUUC